UUCUGUCAAUUAACCGACCGACUUUACCGACUCUAAACGUGAAAUAAAUAUCGGAAAUCGACGGAAAACGGAAAGUUUGAAAUAGACAGAGACAAGAAAAGAUGUAGCAAGCAAGAUAAGAAGAGAAUGGAAAGAAACGGUGCAGCCCCAUUUCUGAAAAAGACAUACGCGAUUGUUGAUGAUCCGUCAACAGACGGUAUUGUGUCAUGGAGUGCAAGCAACAACAGUUUCCAGGUGAAGGAUCCACACCAUUUCUCUCUUCAUCUGCUCCCUAUCCACUUCAACCACUGCAAUUUUUCCAGCUUUGUUCGACAGCUCCACACAUAUGGAUUUCGUAAAGUGGAUCCUGAUAGAUGUGAAUUCGCACACGAAUGCUUUCUUCGAGGCCAAAAGCACUUACUCAAUACCAUUCGUCGCAGGCCGAGAGCAAGUCAUAACCAGUCUCAGGGGGCGGCAAGUCAAUUGGAUCCCAAAUUGACUAUUGAUCAGGAAGGAGAAUUCCAGAGGCUUAACGGGGACGAGGACGAGGACGCCAUUGUUAAGGAGGUUGUUCAACUGAAGAAGGAACAAGAAAGUAUUGAUAGAGAACUCGAGGACUUGCAGAGACGCUUCGCGUUAACAGAGCGCAGACAUCAGCAGAUGAUGUCGUUCCUCCAAACACUCACUCAAAAUCCAAAUUUUACCGCUGAGACGAUUCAAAAAAGGCAUCUUGAUGUUGGUAAGAAGAGGAGAUUGUUGCCAAUGCCACAUAAGGAGGAGCAGAAAAAAGCAAGGGCUGAAUUGGGCUUGGAUUGUUCUAGAACAACUGCUCUGACUACGCCACAUGGGUUUGUGGAUCCUGGGAUGAGUAUCAAUUCGUUUAUUGCAGAUCGGUUUGAAGAUUCUGUGCCUCUGAUAGAGUCUGAAACAAGGGCUGGACUGCUAUCUAAGGAGUUAAUGGGUACUUGUUCACUUGGAAAUCAGAGCUCAGAGAACUGUAUUGACAAGGUUGAUUUUUAGGUGAGUGUGGGCUUCGAAAAGGAUUUUGUGGGUUUAAGUGGUGUGGAUUACAUGAUUUCCUCGGAUCAGUUACUCGCUGAGGAAACCCAAUUCACCAACUACAAAUCACCCAGAUUUCAGAAAUGCCGGGUACCCAGAUCGACAAAUCACCAGAUUUCAAAUGAAGAAUAAAUACUUAUGAUGAAUAUUCAAUGUCUCUGCAAAAGGCUGCUCUAAAUAUCUUUUGGAGAGUCUUUUAUGUCUGUUUGAAGAACAGUCUAAUCUAUUACAGUGGGAGUUGGCUCGGCUCUUUGGGCAUCAAUUAUUUAUGUUUGGUCAAGCUGGUUCUAUAUAAAUAUGGCU